AUGAAGCGCGCUGAGCGCCAGAACCAUGAAACGGAAAGAUGUAGGAACAAGAGGGAUUCAGGGCCCUCAAGUUCUUUUCUAAGGCCUAAGAAAAAGGGCAGAGUCGAUGGGCCAGUUAGAGUUGGGGCCCCUGUUGUUGUUACUGGACCACAGCCCUGUGCAAAUUGUGCUAGACGCCAUCAAGGCGAGUGCUGGAAAAGGAUUGGGGCAUGUUUGAGGUGCAUAUCAUUAGAGCACCGUAUCAGAGAUUGUCCACUGAGGCCCAAGCAGAUGCAAGCUACUGGUUUGGCAUGCACUGAAUCUAAGACUUUGGGUAUAAUGAUUGAGAGCAAUACCAAUGAGGUUACUAUAUUAAGUCCAUUAGGGCAGUCAGUGAGGGUAGAUAAAUUGUUCAGAGAUGUACCUUUAGAGGUUCAAGGAACCAUCCUUUUGGCGGGUUUGAUGGAACUCUCUUUUGGAGAAUUUGACUUAAUACUGGGUAUGGAUUGGCUGGUGAAACAUCGGGCAAACUUGGACUAUACUACUAAACGGAUGGUAUUGAGGACCACAGAGGAUGAGGAGGGCCGAGAGUUGGUUCGUAAGCAUUGUGAGACAUAUCUAGCCUACAUCGGUGUUUCAGAUUCUGAGAUUUCUUCUGUUAGGGAUAUCAGAAUAGUUAAAGACUUUCUGGAUAUUUUUUUCGAUGAGCUACCUGGGUUACCUCCAAAUCGUGAAGUUGAUUUGGGAUUGAGCUCCUGCCUGAUUCUAAGGGAGAAACAACUAUACACCAAGUUCAAUAAGUGUGAAUUCUGGUUGCGAGAGGUAACAUUUUUGCAUCAUAUGGUAUCUUCUGAAGGGAUUAGGGUUGAUCCUCAGAAAAUUGAAGCUGUUCUAGACUGGAAGAUGCCUAAGACAAUAUCUGAGAUUCGUAGUUUUCUGGGACUGGCCAAUGUGGUGGUUGAUGCACUAAGCCGUAGGGCUAUAACUGAUCUGAGGGCGAUGCUUGCUCUCCUCAAUUUAUUUGAUAAUGGUAGCUUGUGUCGUACUCCUUCGUUUUGGACUGACUUGGCUGAGCAACGUGUUCUGGGCCCUGAAUUAGUUUUUGCUAUCGAGGCUAAAGUUAGACUAAUUCAGGAUCGACUGAAGGUGACAUCAGAUAGACAGAAGUCGUUUGCAGAUCUGAAACGUAAGGAGAUUGAGUAUUCUAUGGGGGAUUUCAUUUCCCUCAAGGUCUCACCAUGGAAGAAGGGGUUGCCUCUGUCAAAGCGAGUGCUUCCGGAUUUCGUGUUGGGCGUAGGCCUACUGCUCCUUUCUUCGAAUCUUGGUUUUCCAUUUUCUGAGUAUUGGGUGAUCAAUCUUGGUCAGUGA